AUGGCUACCCCUAGUGUCCUCGCUUUUGACGCUGAGGGUCGAGCCAUUGACUUUGAGGUCUGGGUCGACGACCUGCAGCUGUUUUUACAGUGCGAUAGGGCGGACGGUCUUUCUCUCUUUGACCUCACCUCUAGCGCCUCCCCUGCUCCUGCUGCUGAUGCUGACCCCACUGUUCGCUCUCAGUGGGCCACCCACGAUGAUGCUGCAUGUCUUGCUGUGCGUCGCCACCUGCCUACCACUGAGCGCGCGCACUUUAGUCAGUACAAGAGUGCUCAGACCUUGUACGACGCUGUAGUUGCGCGCUACUCUUCCCCUGCCACUACUGCACUGAGCCGCCUCAUGCUACCGUACCUCUUUCCUGACCUUGCUGCCUUUCCUACAGUCGCUGACCUCAUCACACACCUCCGCACUUCUGACACUCGCUACCGCGCCGCACUUCCUGCUGAGUUCUGCGCCAAGAACCCCCCCCCCAUGUACAUCGCUCUCUAUUACAUAGUCACUCGCCUCCCUGACUCCCUUCGCGUAGUCAGGGACCACUUCCUCUCAGUCUGUCCCACCACCCUCACUGUCGACCUCCUCGAGAAGGCCCUCCUAGCGGCGGAGAAGAGCAUAGUCGCUGUAGGAGCCUCUCGUGGUGACCCGCGCACCCCCAUCUUUGAGGGGUGUUCUCCUUCCCCCCUGCUGCCCUCUGUUGCCUCUGCUGCUGCUGCCGACCUGCUUGGUCUUGAGUCGGUCGGCGCGGCGUCUGCCCCUAGCGGGAGACGCCGCCCUGGCAAGGGCAAAGGGGGCAAGGGCGCGGGUGGAGCUGGCGGGGGCGGUGGAGGUGGCACUGGCGGUGGCGGAGGGAGUGGGGGUGGCGGUGGGAGUGGUGGUGGGGGUGGUGGUGGUGGUGGCGGCAGCGGAGGCGGCGGCGGGAGUGGAGGUGGAGGUGGCGGUGGGAGCGGAGGCGGCGGUGGUGGCGGAGGUGGAGGCGGCGGUGGCGGAGGAGGUGGAGCCGGUCGGGCGAUCUUUGAUCUUGACUUUGGUGCUAUCCUUGCUGCCAUGUAUGCUGUGACUAUUAGUGAUGAGGGUGACUGUUACCGGUGUUUCCCGCCCGACCCGGGCAUUGGUACUGCUGCGCUAGGUGCUUGUGAGGCUGCUGAUCUAGGUGCCAGUGCGUCUGCACUCUCAGGUACUAGUGAGGCUGCGCUCUCAGGUACUGCGUCGGCUUCGGCCUCCCUCACCUUCACACUUGACUCAGGGGCUUCUCGCUCCUUCUUUCGAGACCGCACCACACUCACGCCGCUUAGUCGGCCGGUUGCAGUCUCCCUGGCUGACCCCUCUGGGGGUCCUGUCCUCGCUCACUUCUCCACUGUCCUCCCGUGUCCGGCUGCCCCCUCGGGCACCCUGUCGGGUCUGUACCUCCCCUCGUUCUCGACGAACUUGGUGAGUGGUGCUGACCUGCAGGAUGCGGGGGUUCACGAGUUUACUCCUGCGAGUCAGCGGGGGACCCACUGCUCGGACGCCCGCACAGGCCGACACCUAGCCACGUUUUCGCGUCGGCCCGGGUCGAGUCUCUACACCCUGACCAUUGAGUCUCCUCCUGUCCCUGCGUCUAGCCAGGACCUUCCUGUGUCCCCUGUGUCGAGGGGCGGCUCCGGGCUGCCCCUCACUCCUCCCAGUUUCCCCCGCACAGAGGCUCCUCUGCAGACGCUUCACAUGGACGUGUGGGGCCCGGCCCGCGUCCGUGGACAGGGUCACGAGCGCUACUUCCUGCUGGUGGUUGACGACUACUCGCGUUACACCACGGUCUUCCCCUUGCGCAGCAAGGGUGAUGUCACUGGGGUGUUGAUCGACUGGAUCCGCGCAGCUCCUCUCCAGCUCAGGAGGAGCUUCGGCUCGGAUUUUCCUGUUCUGCGUCUGCACUCUGACCGAGGCGGAGAGUUCUCCUCUGGCCUUCUGCGAGCCUACUGUCGUGCACGAGGCAUCCGCCAGACCUUCACGCUUCCGGACUCUCCACAGCAGAAUGGGAUUGCUGAGCACCGCAUUGGCAUGGUCAUGGACGUCGCUCGUACGUCCAUGAUGCAUGCGGCUGCCCCCCAUUUUCUGUGGCCGUUUGCGGUUCAGUACGCGGCGCAUCAGCUCAACCUUCACCCCAGGGUCUCCCGGCCGGAGACCUCCCCAGCUCUGCUGUGGACGGGGAAGGUCGGCGAUGCGUCUGCGUUCCGUGUCUGGGGAUCUCGGGCGUUUGUCCGCGACUUGUCUGCGGACAAGCUGUCCCCUCGUGCUGCUCCCUGUGUCUUCCUAGGCUUCCCCCCUGACGCCCCAGGGUGGCAGUUCUACCACCCCUCCUCUCGUCGUGUUCUGUCCUCCCAGGACGUCACGUUCGACGAGUCUGUCCCCUUCUACCGCCUCUUCCCCUACCGCACUCCUUCCCUCCCCCCGCCACCGCACUUCCUUGUGCCAGUUCCCCCCCCGGUAGACCCCCUCCCCCCUCAGGGUCCUGCCCCUUUAGGUGUGUCCCAGGUCGAUGUAGUCGAGCCGGUCGAGGUUGCUGGUGACUCAGGUACUGCUGGGGGUGCUGAGCCUGGGGGUGCUGCGCCUGGGGGUGCUGACUCUGUGGGUGCUGAGUCUGGGGGUGCUGAGCCUGGGGGUGCUGACUUUGGGGGUGCUGAGUUUGGGGGUGCCGAGCUUGGGGGUGCUGGGUCUGGGGGUGCUGAGCCUAGGGGUCCUGAGCCUGGGGGUGCUGAGCCUGGGGGUGCUGCGCGCGAGGGUGCUGAGCCUGGGGGUGCUGCGUCUGGAGCUGCUGAGCCUGGAGGUGUGGAGCCUGCGGCCACUGAACCUCCCCUUGUGGCGUCUGGCGGUGCUGGGCCUGGAGGUUCUCCGGGUGUUUCGUCUCGGCGGGAGCCACUCUCUCCACAGGAGCUGCGUGAGUGGUUUGCUCGCCGCUGGAGGCGUACGGCUGGAGCUGGCGCUUCUUCGACCGCUGAGGGUGCUGGUGCCGCCGGUCCCGGAGCUGCUGGGCCUGCGGGUCCACCUGGAGCUGGAGCUGCUGAGGGUGCUGGUUCUGAGACUACUACUGUCAGUCCUUGUGGUGGUCGUGCUGCGGGUGCUGCUGGUGCUACUGGAGGUCCUGCCGCUGGAGGUGCUGUUGGCGCUGGUGCUGCCGGAGGUGCUGAGGGUGCUGGUGCUGUCCCUGCUGUGUCUGGAGCUACAGCGCGGCCUCGGCCGUACUUUGUUCCGCUUCUUCAGCAGGUUCUUGGUCUUCCUCCUCUCUUAGAGUGUCCACCGCCUGUCCAGUCGCAGUCACAGUUACCGCCGGCCUCCCCACUGCCUUCUCCUUCACCUUACACUGGUCCUACUAGAGGUCUUGCUGAGCGACGUGAGCCUGCGUCUCGUCCUGCGUCGCCUGUUCGUGCGGCUCGCACUAGUGGUCGCAGUUCGCGUCAGCGUCCUCCUCCUGUCCCUGGCACGCACCGGAUGUCUCUGCGUGCGUCCACUACUCCUCUACGUGCCCCUUUGCCCUCUCCUCCUGAGUCCUCUCUUCCUGCGCUUGCCGACCCUGAGUCGGACUCUCUUCGUGCUACCAGUCCUACUGUCACGCGUCUCCUUGCUACUGUCGUCACUGACCCCUCCUUUGAGUCCACUGCUGCGUCUGCUCUUGUUGCUGAGCUCGUCGACUUUGCUGCUCGCUGUCGUCUAGACUACGCUGCUAGUCUUGUUGCUGAGUCUGCGUCUGUCUGUCCUCCGUCCGUCGGGGGUGAGUGUGCUCUUGGCACGGACGUCCUUGAGGACAGGCAGGAGGAGUUUCAGUAUCUGGCUACUGCUUCACCUCAUCUCGCGUCUGUACUGCUUGCCCCUGAGGGAGACCAGGAUGCACUAGACAUCCCGACUCCGCGCUCUUACGCGGAGGCCGUAGAGGGUCCCUACUCGUUGUCAAACAUUAUAUGUUUGUGUGGUUCUAGGCUGUAG